UACGAUUUAGCGUCAUGUUUUUGGUAUCGCCUAAAACCGUAGCGUUGUGCAUCUCCCUACUGAUCUCUGGCGUUGUGCACCUCCCCACUCAUCUCUGAUACCUGCUAGUUUUAAAUGAUACAAUCAUUACUUGCUAGUUGAAUCUUUAUAAAGAGAAAUUACAUAUUUCAAUAUUUCAUGUGCAAUCUUGGAUAUUAUCAUCAAACAAACGUUUAGUAUCAUUUCGUCAAUAUGUCACAAGGAAGAAAUUCAUCUGGAGGAAGUAGAAGGAAUCACCGUGCUUACCAUUACAACAACAAGAACAAGGUGAAUGUUGGUGACAAAGGCAAGGAAGUUCUUGAAAAUAUCAAUGAGAAUUCUUUAGUAAUCAAACAGUUUCGUGCUUAUGCUGCUGAGUUGGACAGUAAACAUGACCGAUAUGAAAGAAUUGUAAAGCUUAGUCGAGAUGUCACCAUCGAAAGCAAGAGAAUAAUCUUUCUUUUACAUACUCUUGACAAGGAAAGUAAGAGAGAUACUGUUCUCGGAGAGGCUAAAAUUAGACUGGAUGCUAUGGUUAAAACUCUUUUCAAAAAUAUUGCUCAUGAAUUAGAUGGACAGGAUGUAUACGAAUACCUCCGUGCUUAUAGAGCUGGUGUUCAGGAAUUUGUAGAAGCAAUCACCUUCUACCAAUAUUUAUAUGACAACUGUCUACAAGACUGGAAAGAUCUAGAUAAGUCACUGGUUUAUUCAGUUGUGGACAAGAGCAAGGAGAAUGAGGAUGAUCAACCACAGACUAGGGUAAUAUGUACCCCUGUAAUACCAUACGAGUACAUCUUGGGAAUAGCAGAUCUGACUGGAGAGUUAAUGCGAAAGUGCAUAAAUAAUCUUGCCUCAGGAAAUAUUUCAAGUUGUUAUCAGACCUGCAAUUUCGUGAGAGAUAUGUAUAAAGGAUUCCUAGGAUGUGUAGGUGCCUCAGGCAAAGAAGUUAACAGAAAACUAUAUACGCUGAAACAGAACUUGGCCAAGAUGGAAAAUGUCUGCUACACAAUAAGAGUAAGAGGAUCUGAAAUUCCAAAGCAUAUGCUGGCGGAUGUCGCUAUUGUUGCUACAGAGGAAUUCGCUGCUGAAGAUGAUGAAGGUUAUCAGGUGUACUAAACCUUCAAUAUAAUCUAUAAACAAGUUUCUAUUGUGAAACUAAAAUUUAAUCGUAUAAUUCCUUUAUUUUUACUAUAUUCCAUGUUUUAAUCAUAAGACAGUAGGUUAAUAACAAAAAUAAACGUUUACUACCAAAGGAGAAA